AUGGAUGACUUCGAGAAGAACCUAUUUAGGGUGGCCUGGGAGUUCACGUGUCAACCGCUUGGCGAAUCCCUGGAUGCCGCCAGAGCAGUCUUCCGUACCUGGCCUCACGAGAAGCGGUUUUGCCACGAGCUCUAUGGAUUUCUGCUCUCGGACCUCCGCAUCACUCCUGUCUGCAUUCAGUACGUCGCCAUGGGCUUCUGCACGUGCAGUAACCUACUCGAAGAAUACCGCCUCCACCGCGCGUACCAGGAGCUCAUCAAAAAGUGCACCUUCCUAGAAUUUUACGACGCGUUCAUUUCCUAUUCGAUGUUGCGGUUCCUCGACUCGAAGGGAUUGGCUGGAGGCCUCCCGCGACACUUCGCGAGCGCGACUGCACUGGUGAGGCCCGCGGUUUGGGAUCUCAAGAGGUACGCAGUGUACGACAACAUGCAAGAACCUCCCGUCGAACCGAAUCCUGUCGUAGCGGCGACCUACGGAUUCGUCAACGCGAAUUCCAAAGAGGAAGCCGAUCUUCUCAAGAAGACUUAUCAGCAAUACUUCGAGUCGAAGGAUGCAGAUCCACUGGAACUACACAACGUGUGCCAGUACGGACGGAUUUACGAACACGUUGACAGCGUCAUACGCCUGAAGAGCAAACGAUUGAGGAGGUUGAUGAAGAAUGUGUAGCCCUCUUUUCGAGCGCGUGUUCUCGCCUUUAUUUCACCAUUUCUGUCUGUCUGCGUUGGGAAAUCUCUGACUCUAAACCUAAUACUCUAGGUCCAUCAUCCUGAACUGUAAAUCUGCGUUCGUAUAAAGUUAGAGUACUCUAUCCGUAGUCAUUGUAUGUUACACCACUUUUACCUCCCUACAUAUGAAUAGCCUCUAUACAUGUGUUUAUUGCACCCACCAUCUUCUAUACUAGCGCAAUCGUGACAGGCGAGGAAGUAGAAACGCUGUGCGGCAGCGACGCAUAGGACGGCCCCGGUCCCUGAGGCGCGCGCGGUCGGCCUCCAUCUUCACAAAUGGCGGGUCGAAGGAACGAUGGUGCAAAACAUCAAAGCCGAGUACGAGAAGAAGCCGGAGGGAUUUCGCAAGAGAUUUUACGACUGGUUUCUGGAGCACGAGUACGUGCUG